AUGGCAUCAAAGGAAGCCUUGGUGGCAAGGAAGAACGACAGGGAAGCGCAGCUGAGACUGGUGUAUGCGACCGUCGAAGCCUACGUACCCACGUACGAAAAGGCUCUGGACACUCUGCAGAAGCAUCUGCAACACAACAUGACGGCGGAUGCGCUCGGGCAAUGGUUCGAUUUGUAUGUCCGCGUGGUGGAUUUGGCUGUCGAAAUCCGUCGUGGAGAGGUACGCCAUUGCACAGAGCGAACCUUCAAGUACAAGUCCCGCACGAAGACAUGCCGGGCAUCGGCCACGACCAACGGUCUUGGGAUCGACGACGGGAACGCGUUGAUCAUCGAACUCGACUCUAUCUACCGCCACCUAAAGAAGCGCAAGCCCAUGCAUUUGGACACGUUGGAGUCGCAGCUGGACAUUCUUGACCGCGACACUGUCGGUCCAUUGGACAAGCGCCUCUCCGAGUGCAAGAAGCAAAUGGAAGGUCUACACAGCGCGUACUACUCGUCGGCCAGUCUCAUUGUGCAUGGGGACGUACACGUGGAGCUGAUCGUUCGCCACGACGACUCGAUCAUCUUGUUGCGAAAGCAGCGAUCGUGCGUCGAGUACGCCACGUGCUCGUGUCCGAUGGACGCCGCGCCAUGGGACUCCUUUGCCAUCAACGUGACUGCCGCCCCUCCUCCUGCCGCCAAUCCUGCCACGAACCUCGGUCCACCAACAGUUUCAAAUGUGAGCUUGAACGACCUGAAAAAAAGCUAUGGCGUCGACGUGGACGAACGCGAGCGGUCGUUGGAAGCAUUCCAGAACGAAGUGGAGCAGCAGCAUACUUCUACUGGCCUCCCCCCGUCCAAACGACCUCGAGUCAGUCCACUCCCUCCUCCUCCUUUGUCUUCGACAUCUGCAUUGGUACACACGUCUCAACUUCCCAGCAAUCGUCGCAUGUCGUGA